CUCCGCCCCGCCGCCGCGUCGCGCCGCGCCGCCGCCGCUCUCCGCUGGAUGUGACAGAGGUGCGGCUCGCAGCAGCGACUCGAACUCGGCCGGAACCGAAGCGGGAGCAGCGGGACCGCUCCGGCUCCACACGUCUGCAAGUUCUCCACUGAAGUUCUUCCUUACCUCUUCGCUCCGGGUUCACUUAUUCAGAAUGGAGGACUCGGAGACGGAGCUGGCGGUGUCAGAGCCUGAUGCCCUGGGUGCAGACUUCAUCACGGUGGAACUGGACACGCAGCCCAUCGAGUACGUGGUGAAGUGGGCCGAGGUCGGCUCCAAGUUCACCAUUUCCUGUGUGAAGAAGGACUCAGAUGACCCGUCAGACCUGACUGCCGACCAGCUGAAGAUCGAGACGGAUGAGGCCUUCUUCGCCCCAUAUGAGGAGGUGUAUCCCUGUGAGGUGACGGAACAGAGCGUGGAGAUAAAGACAGACUCUGACGAGGAGGACGAUGGCGUGGAGGAGCAUGAGGUGCUGGUGGAGGCGGGGAGCAGCCAGCUGGAUGGUGAGGCCGACUCAGACCAGGACAACUAUGAGCCCGAUGAGCGGCAGUUCCGCUGCAGCUACUGCGGGAAGUGCUACAGCCACGCCUCCAGCCUGUACCGCCAUCAGCAGACACACACAGGCAAGAGCUCCGGAGCCCCACCCCCUGCCAAGCGUGCGUUGGAGCCAACACACCAGGAUGCACGCUACACCUGCCCCCACUGCGGCAUGAGUUUCAAAGGAAGCAGGAUGCUGGGCAGCCACCUGCGGCUGCACGGGAAGCGACGAAUCCACCCGUGCAACAUCUGCGGCAAGGAGUUCAACCACAGCUCGAGCCUGUCACGCCACCGCCUCAUUCACAAGAAAGGGAAGGGCAUCCCCAAAGAUGCCGCCAUCGGCACCAGUGUGGCGACCUUGCGUCACACGCUGAAGGCCGGCACUAGGAACAAGAAGACAAAGCGGCAGCAGCAUGUGGCAACUGCCAUCAUCCAGAGCCAGGGCAGCGAUAAGUUCUACGCCUGCCCUCAGUGCGACAUGACCUUCAGGACGUCCACACAGCUGUCGAAGCAUCAGGUGACACACGUCAAGGAGCUACUGGACAACUACACGCCGGGCAAGGAGAACCUCGCCGAGACCUCGUCUGACCUCAAGAUCCGCCUCAAGCUCUGCUCCCGUGAUAAGCCCAACUUCUACACACUGUGCAAGAAGAACCGCCGCCGCCGGGGCGGCCGGGCCACUAAGCGGGGCCAAGGCUCCUCUGAGGAUGAGGAUGGCACAGGUGGAGGGCGCCACGGCUGCAGCCAAUGCGGGAAGCAGUUCAGCCACGCCUCCAGCCUGGCACGGCACCAGCAAACCCAUAGGGUGGCGGACGGUGACGGGCGAGGGAAGUUGCAGCAGCACCCGAAGACCGGGCUCCCCACCAAGAACAAGACCUACACAUGUGCGGCUUGCAACAAGACCUUCAUGCACUCGUCCAGCUUCUCACGCCACAAGAAGGCCCACAUGGAGGAGGAGCACCGUGCUCGCGCUGCCGCCAAGCGCCGGAAGAGGCCUGUGCUGGAUGAGACCGCGCCCCUUGAGUCCGACUCGGAGUGAAGCCGCCGGUCUGGACUGGCCUUGCACCAGUUCUGGAUCAGCGCUGACUGGUUCUGUACUGGUUUGGGACCAGUUCUGGAAAAGUUCUGAUUGGAAAAGUUCUAGACCAGUUCUGGACCAGUUGGGGACAGAUUCUGGUUGUCCGGGUUUCAGGAACUGGAACUGGUUGAUUCUUCUCUGGUGUAGAUAGCAGCAGGAUAUCCACAUAUGGUCACAUGGUGGGGGGACCUCCACCUGUGGUCAUGUCCAUAUAUGGUCAUAACAGACCAUUAGCUAAAUGCUCUUAAGAAUGGGAUUAGAUUCACAUGCUCCGCCCCUUGCCCCACCUCUCCACCUGUUUCUCUGCUGUCACAUGGAUGCUUCAUUCUACCCCCUCCACUCUCCUGUUUCCCUAUCAGUCACCUGAAGCAAAGAGGCUGGAGUCAGUCAGAGCAUCAUGGGAAACGGAGUUCUGACAUCAAACCUGCAGGGUCAGUUUCUGAAACAUUAUCAAUAAAUCAGAACUGAUCAGUCAUUUCGAUCAGCAGGAAACUGAUCUGCAGCCGAUUGAUGAUGGAUUGGUCUUUUAUUGGACUGCGUUUGUUGUCUUUUAUCUGCACGCAGAUGACCAACAAAACAAAUUGAUCAAUGAAGAUGAUCAGUGUGAUUAGAGGUUUCUCUAAAUUAGUCUGAAGCUCGUAAAAUGUCUGGAACAAAUAAUCAUUAUCUUCCAUCACUGAUUAUUUCUCUUCUGUUCAUAUUAUUGAUCAUUGGAGCUUCUCGCUCGCUUCCUCUGGCUCUGACGCGGUUCCCGCCUCAGCUCAUCUCUGUGGUCGUUCUCUUCCUGUGAGACGUUACUGCCCACUCCCACUCUGAGUGAUCUGAUUGGCUGAAGUUCUUCCGGGCGCAGCGUUCUGAUUGGGUGGCUGUGUUUCACCUUCCACGUGUUCGUUUUUUUUUUUUUUUUUUAUUUUUAAGGGUUGACAUGUGACCCUCAACUGGACGGCCAUGUUUGCUAGUGUCGGAGGUCAAAGGUCCAACUGCACUACUUAUUUAUGAAUUUGAUGUAAUAUAGAAACCAUAUUUAAACAACAACAGCAACAAAAAAAAAAAAAAAAAACUGGAGUGGCCCUGCCCACCACCAUCCUGUAGUUUCAUCAUCAUCAUCACUAACAGGAAACAGUUUUCAGAGUAUAAGUCUAAAUCAGUUUAGAUGGAAGACGCUGCAAUUCAGUGUGAUGGGAGCAAACCAAUCAGCUGAUUUCGGGAAGUCAGUGACACAUAAACGCAGACGAGUAAUCCUCAGGACAUUUCAGAGUAAAAUCAUAAAAGAUGAAUCAGAUUUAAAGCAGCUGAAUCCAGACAGAUGGUUAUCUGAGGAAACGUUCUGAUUGCUGACUGAAACCACAGAGUUUAAAUUUGGGGCAGCUGAUUGGACACAGCCAAGGUUAGAGGUUUUGAACUUGUGCAGAGUUUUUAUUUAACCGAACAAAGCUUCCUCAGACCAGGUGAAAACAGGUUAGCUGAGACUUGGAGGGGGGUCAGGUAAAUUCUGAGCAGACCUAAGGUCUGCUGAAUCAAAAUCUAAAAGCAAAGAUUCAAAUCUGGAAGAAAAGCAAAUGACUGAAAAGUUUAGUUUUUAUUGGUCAAGAUGAGAAAACAAAAUGAGAAUUGGCAUCCUUCUGAGGCUGAAACUGAGUUUUUAUAGGAUGGAGCUGAAUCUGAUCAAUCUGAUCGGUCCAAACAGUCUUUAAUCUGAGAACAUGUGGAACAAGCAUCUGGACCAAAUGUCUGCUUUAGUGUCACUGACAGCCUAAAACUGUUGGUAAAAAUUAGAAGCAAGCUGAGUUCACUCAGAAACACCUGGAAGACCGAGGGAAUAGUUCCCUGUGAUCAAACGGAGGAGAGGUCAGGUCGGGCUGGUUUUGUUGUUCAGAUUUUUGGAUUCAAGUCUACGUCUGAUUGGACUGUUGCGACUUCAACUACGGGACUGAUCGGACUGAUUGAUUUGAUCAGAAGAGAAAAUAAAGACUGGAGUUUUGUCAAAGAUGUUUGAGUGUUUAAAAAUCUUCCAGGAGCUGUCUGUUAAAUUAUUCAAAGAUUCAGGACAAUUGAUUGGUUAAUCUGAGUCCCAUUGAGCACAUCUCUCCACGAUCAGUGGGACUAAUCAGACUGAUUGACCUUAUCGGAUGAAGAUGUUUUAAAAAAAAAAAAAAAAAAUCCUGCAGCUGUUUGUUAAAUUCUUCGGACUCUGAUGGACUCUCCAAAAUAAAAGCCUCACCUGUGGAGGGCCCCUGAAGCCCUGCCCCUUUCACUUUCUGUUUCCUGCUUAUUGACACUUUGAGUUUGAGACUUUUAUUGUGUGAAUCAGAUUGGAUUUAAUUUAAUGCUGACCUAUUUAUGAGUGUGUGCAGGCGGCAGAGCGUCUGCGUCACUCCUCAAAUGUCCGUAGAAAAUGAGGCUCCUCCCUCUGGCCCGCCCCCGGCCUCCACAUUCUGGUUUAUUUCAGGCCUUAAACCUCCUCUCUGUCCGUGGCACUCUUAGAUCCAUGUUGUGUUGGUUUGUUUGGGUUCGCAGCGCCGCCUGCUGAUAGGUUGUUCGUCAUUGUAUCGUGUUUGCCGAUAGAAUAAACCCAGUUGACAUGU